AUGAUUGAUUUAAAGGUGGAUAUACCAGGUGACAUGUCUUUCUGCUCUGCAUUCUUGGAUCAACUCUUAAGCAAGAAAAUAGCAAGCAAGAUGCAACCCUUGACAAAAACCAAACAGGGAAAUCAAUCAAUCAUUACAGAAUUUAUCUUCCUGGAUUUUAAGGAUGCGCAGGAAUGGCAGGUUCUCCUCUUCUUGGUGUUUCUAGUCAUCUGCAUUAUCUCCAUGGCUGGGAACAUCCUCGUCGCUGUGCUAGUUGUGGCUGAUCAGCACCUUCACACUCCUAUGUACUUUUUCCUGGGGAACUUGUCCUGUUUGGAAACUUGCUACACCUCCACUAUUCUCCCCAGGAUGUUGGCCAGCUUCCUGACAGGGCACAGAACCAUUUCAAUGAGGGCCUGUCUCACACAAAUGUAUUUCUUUGGCGCUCUGGGAGCUGCAGAAUGUUACCUUUUAGCAGCCAUGUCUUACGAUCGGUAUUUAGCCAUCUGUAAACCAUUGCAUUAUGUAGGUCUUAUGAAUGGCAAGUCCUGCCUCCAGCUAGCAGGUGGGUCUUGGAUAAUCGCAUUUCUGACUAUUAGUAUAAUUGUGUUAUUGAUCUCUCGGUUAACUUUCUGCGGUGCUAAUGAAAUUAACCAUUUCUUUUGUGAUCUCACACCGGUGGUAAAACUUGCCUGCACGGAUACCAGGGUGAUGGAGCUUACAGCUUUCAUCUCCGCUUCCAUAGUGACUCUGCCACCAUUUCUAUUAACUGUUGUAUCCUAUGUUCUUAUUAUAGGCACUGUUCUGAGAAUCCCUUCCACCACUGGAAAGCAAAGGGCAUUUUCCACCUGCUCCACGCACCUCAUAGUGGUGACAAUUUUCUAUGGGACCCUAACAAUUGUGUACGUCUUACCAAAAACCAAGACUCUUAGAGACCUGAACAAAGUGCUCUCUCUUUUCUACACAGUCCUGACUCCCCUGGCCAAUCCUCUCAUAUACAGCCUGAGAAACAAAGAGGUAAAACAGUCCCUGAGAAAAGCCGUCAGGAAAUUUAUGGCUUUCAUAAGAAUUCAGGCAAUUAGAAUGAAUUUAUUUAAGUUAAUAAAAAGCUGA